CUCUACUCUCGAGCUCCAAAAAGAAAAUGGACUCUUCCACAUCGAAGGCCUUCGCAAUCCUCCUCCUCCUCCUCCUCCUCGCCAUCGCUACCCUCCCUCCCCAGCUCGGCACCCCCGCACCGCCGUCGCAGCAAGCGCUCGACUUUGCCUUCCUCCAGAAACCCGGGGGGGGCGUCGCCCCCGCCGCCUGCGCGAGCCCCGCGGCGUCUCAUCCGAACUGGACGACGUGCUUGCUCGGCCGGGCGCUCGCGGCCGGGGAGGAGAGGGGCUACGAGUGCGGCGUGGAGUGGAGCGAGGCGUGCUCGGAGUCGGUGAUGAGGGCGGCGAGGGAGCCGGAGACGGUGAGGUGGCUGAGGAGCGUGCGGAGGAGGAUACACGAGAGGCCGGAGCUGGCGUUCGAGGAGCACGAGACGAGCCUGUUGGUGAGGGAAGAGCUGGAGAGGAUGGGGAUCGAGUACAGGCACCCCUUGGCCGAGACCGGCGUUAGGGCUUGGGUCGGCACCGGAGGGCCGCCCUUCGUCGCCAUCCGAGCUGACAUGGACGCUCUCCCCAUUCAGGAAGCUGUAGAAUGGGAGCAUAAAAGCAAAGUUGCUGGUAAAAUGCACGCAUGUGGGCACGAUGUUCAUGUUGCAAUGCUUCUGGGUGCUGCCAAAAUCCUCAAGAGCCGCGAACAUUUUUUGAAGGGAACGGUAGUGUUGCUAUUUCAGCCAGCGGAGGAAGCUGGGAAUGGAGCCAAAAGGAUGAUAAGAGAUGGUGCCUUAGAGAAUGUGGAAGCCAUCUUUGCCCUCCAUGUGUCCCACGAGCACCCCACCGGCGUGAUCGGCUCGAGGCCCGGCCCUUUGCUCGCCGGCUGUGGCUUCUUCAAGGCUACCAUCACCCGGAAGGCAGCCAGCGCCGGGAGCCCCCGCCCCUCAGUCGACCCGGUCUUGGCUGCCUCGGCCGCAGUGAUCAGCUUACAGGGAAUCGUGUCUCGAGAAGCAAACCCCUUGGACUCGCAGGUAGUUUCUGUGACCUCUUUCAAUGGAGGCAGUGACCUCAACGCGCUGCCGGAGAGCGUCGUCCUGGGCGGUACCUUCAGAGCUUUCUCCAACACGAGCCUCUACCAAGUCAUGCGACGGAUAGAAGAGGUGAUCGUGGAACAAGCCGGCGUGUUCAGGUGCGAGGCGAGCGUGGACUUCUUCGAGGAGGAGGACAUGGUAUAUCUGCCGACCGUGAACGACGACCGCAUGUACGAGCACGUGAGGAAGGUGGGCGCCGAUCUCGUGGGCCGGGGCAACUUCCGGGUGGUCCCGCCCAUGAUGGGAGCCGAGGACUUUUCCUUCUACUCGCACGAGGUCCCCGCUGCCUUCUUCUACAUCGGCAUUCGGAACGAGGCGGUUGGCUCAAUCCACACUGGCCACUCGCCCCACUUCAUGGUCGACGAGGAGGUCCUCCCGGUGGGCGCUGCAGCCCAUGCGGCCAUCGCCGAGAGGUACUUGAUAGAGUAUGGUUGAACCGCGGGGGGGAGCGGGGGGUUGGUUUUGCGGGGAAAGGUCGAUAGACUCUGUGGGUAUUACUUUUCCACUGCGAAAAUGUCAAUUAAAUACUAUUAGCGGUAUAAAAAUCGAUUUAUAACACUAAUUUAUGAAGUGACACAAUGCAUUCUGUAUUUAUCACGUCACUUGUAAAUUGAGUAUUGUAAAUUGGUCUUUGUAUUUCUAGGAUUGUUUGAUUGAGAUCGACUCAAUCACACGUGUGGGCAUCACUUGUUUCUUUGGACACGGCAAAAUAGAGGUUCCCCGAGACUUGUAAAGGGUGGAAGAAUAGGGUUCCUCCUCCAAAGAUUGAAAGUGGUCAGUUUUAGAGGCCUGAAAUUAUGGGAUGAUUUGACGAUGAUCAGGUUUAGGAUUGUGGAAAUUAUGGGAUGAUUUGCUCAUUGUCGUGUUCCUUGGAUAUAUCUUAGUCGAGAAAAUGUCACUUUCC